AUGACUAGGUUUAAGAAUAAUUCAAACUUGUUUAAGACCGAAAGGUUCUCAAAUCGAUCUCUAGAUGGCACACAACUUAAGUGCAGUGAUAGACAGACACAGCUUAAGAUGCGAUCCCAAUUCGUCCUGGCCUUUGGUCUUCUGGUUCUUGUGGCUGUUUAUGCCGCAGAUACCUCAAAUUCAACCUCCUCGACCUCGACCACACCCACGGCUAGUACCUCGCCCACUGCCUCUGCGUCCUCCACACCCACUGCCUCCACCUUGACGUCCUCGGGAUCCAGCAGCAAGAAGUCGUCGCCGUCCAAGCGCCGGGCCAAGCGUCUCCGCCAGAAGCGCCGUGAAAGGCGUCGCGAAAGGAGGCAGCGCCAACGCCAGCGCAACCGUCGCGCUUAA